AUGCCAAAAAGGACCCGCUGGAACAGGGCAGUCUUCUCUCAUGCAGGGCAGUCGUCUGUCAUGCAGAGCAGUCGUCUCUCGUGCAGGGCACUCGUCUCUCACAUAGGGCAGUUGUCUCUCGUGCAGGGUAGUCACCUCUCAUGCAGGGCAGUCGUCUCUCACAUAGGGCAGUUGUCUCUCGUGCAGGGCAGUUGUCUCUCGUGCAGGGCAAUAGGGUCCCUGUUUGACUGUGGCAAAGGAAUGGCUGUUAUACGAAGUGUUGGCCAUAUCCAAAUUGGUCACUGGAACAGCAUCUUUAUCCAGCGACAACUACGUCAGGGGUAUGUGCGCCUAAACUCAGAAAGUGUUGUUGAAGGAAAAAUUGACGGUGAUUUCAGCCGUAUAACCCUGAGGCAAGAACUUUUCCUUGGUGGUUAUGUCAACAUGUCAGCCAUUUCUAGUAGAGUUGGAACGACCAAGAAAUUCUCCGGAUGCAUCCAGGAAUUGGUCAUUAACAGUCGGAAGUAUGAUAUGCGCAAAGAUCCUCUUCUUGGAAAUGCUGUCUAUGGUACCAAUGUUGGUAAGUAG